GACAAAAACGAAAAAAAUAACACACACACAACGCACAUCAAUCAAUCAAUGACAACAAAACAAAACCCCGAAAUCAGAAAAGACACAAUAAACAACCGGUUCGUGAUUUUGUCUCCCGCACGAUCUCGCAGACCAUCAGACUUCAAAUCAAAAUCCAAACCCGAAUCAUCAAACGGGUCAAGCUCCAAUAACGCCACGUGUCCAUUUUGUGCAGGAAAUGAACACCAAUGUGCCCCAGAAAUAUUCCGGUCACCGGAAGAUUCUUCUUCUGAUUGGAAAGUACGUGUGAUUGAGAAUUUGUAUCCCGCACUUAGUAGAGACAUUGAAGCUAAAGCUGAUGAUUGUGAUCAGAUGAAAGAAGGAAAUUUUAUUCGAACCGGGUUCGGGUUUCAUGAUGUUGUGAUUGAGUCGCCGGUUCAUUCGGUUCACUUGCCGGAUUUAUCGGAAGAGGGGGUUGGAGGUGUUUUACUUGCUUAUAAGAAGAGGCUUUUACAGCUUUUUGAUGUUGACUCGAUUAGCUAUGUGCAGGUUUUCAAAAACUACGGUGCCUCAGCUGGGGCUUCAAUGAGUCAUUCACACAGUCAAAUUUUAGCUCUCCCGGUUAUUCCGACCACUACCUCUACUCGUCUCGACAGCAUGAAAAUGUACCAUCAUCAGACAGGAAAGUGUAUUCUUUGUGACAUUCAGGCAGACAAUUUAUUAAUUGAUAAAUCGACCCAUUUCAUGUCCAUCGCCCCAUUUGCUUCAAGUUUUGCUUUUGAGACAUGGAUUGUUCCUCUCUAUCAUUCCUCUCACUACCAUGAAAUUCAUGAAGAUAAGGCUAUGGAUCUUGGGGGACUACUGAAACUUACUCUUCAAAAGUUAUCCUUGCAGUUGAAUGACCCACCAUAUAACUUGAUGAUUCAUACAUCUCCUCUUCGGGUCACUUCCUUGCAAUUACCUUACGCUCAUUGGUAUAUACAAAUUGUACCUCAGUUAUCAACAGUUGGUGGAUUUGAAAUGGGAACAGGGUGCUACAUAAACCCCGUAUUUCCAGAGGAUGCUGCAAAACUCCUUCGGGAGGUAGAGGUUCCAAAGAAGGGUUAAAACUAUAGUAGUUUCAUGUUACUUGUAUUUAAAGAGAACAACUGUUUAACAUUUCAUAGCUUGUAUUUGACUAUUUGUAACUAAAAGCAUUAUGCUUAUCAUAAUAAAAAAGAAAAAUUGAGACA